GCAAAAUUCUUGUCACGAAGUCAUACAUGAUUCUGAAAUCGCCGAAGCUUUGUUAGAAAAUUCUCCGCAAUGUUUCGUUUCGGGGCGUAUAAUUUUUACAAUUUCACGAUAAUUUUCAUUCUCACGAUUCUUUCAUUAUCGCACUCUCUUCCUGUGAAACGGGAUACCCCUGUUGGACCAGGAGAUGACAUACUGAGAAGUCUCGACGAAACAAAAAAUCCAUGUGACGAUUUUUACGCAUAUACAUGUGGCCACUGGACUGAAUAUCAUCCCAUGGCUGAUGGAUAUGACAGGUGGACGAAUUAUCAAGUCAUUACGCAGGAUUUGCAACCGAAAAUCGCGGCUAUUUUGAAAGCCGCAGAUUCAGAAAGUGACACUCAAGCAAUGCGCAAAUCACGGAGGAUCUAUCGAGCAUGCAUGAACGACGAGGAGAUUGAAAAAGCUGGUGUAGACCCAAUUCGAGCUAUCACCGAGACGAUUGGAGGAUGGCCUCUAAUAAUGAAGCCAGACGAAUGGAAAUCACAGAAUCUCACUUGGCAGAGAGUAGCUGCCCAGGUCUUCAAACUCCUGAGUAUCGACACAAUAUUUUCUGUCGAUAUCGAAGCCGAUCCAAAAAAUUCAUCAGUCACGAGGUUGACUGUGGGCGAGCCAUUACUUUCUCUGAAAUCUGCUGAAUUACUAGCCCCAGCGGAUGAUCCCGCGCUGCAGGUCUAUGAGGAGUUCAAACUAAUAAUGGCUAAUAAACUUCAGAAAUCAUCAGGUGCAUCUCCCGAGGGCUUGACUAUAUCCGCCCAGUUAGAAGAUCUGAGGAAAUUCGAAAGAGAUCUAGCCGAGUUGACGAAAGGUGAGCAGGGCCUCGAUGACCUUGAUAAGCUGUACAAUCUCAUGACGAUAGAUGAACUCCAGGCGAUUUCCGAUAGUCAACCCACCACUUCACCAACUGCUAAGAUCAAUUGGCUUGAAAUAAUCGCAGAAAUAGUGUCAUUAGCUCCUGAAGUAACCGUCGAUGGAUCGGAGAAGAUUGUUGUUUUGAAGAAAAAUUUCUUCAAAGAGCUGCCAAAGUUCUUAGCUAAAACUCCACCAGAAACUAUUGUGAAUUACAUCAUCUGGAGAGUAAUCAAAGAGUUAUCACUUUUCUCUACUGAUAAUGUAAGAUACCUCUCGCAAAAUUUGAAUGCGAAACGGGUUGGAGCAGAUAACAUUCCGGAUAGAAUUGAUAUAUGUGCCGAACCACCUCCACUUCAACGUGCCCUUUCCUACGCAUUCACAACGAAAUAUUCAUCACCGGAAGUGAAAGCAGCGGUGACUGAGAUGGUGACUAAUAUUCAAACGGCUGUGGAAGAACAGAUUGCACAAUCUUCUUGGCUCGAUGAACAGACGAAGAAUCUGGCGAUGGAUAAAGUCCACAAGAUGGCAAAAUUCGUCAGUUAUCCAGAUUACUACAGCGCAGCUAAUAUAGAUGAAUAUUAUUCACAGUACCCAGCAUUCGACAGCUACUUUGAUAAUGAAAUAGCAAGACGAGUCUUUGUGAAGAGGAACCAGGUGCUAAGUUUGCGCAAACCUACGGAUAAAAGCACAUGGCCAGCUGAACCCACAGAAGUCAAUGCGUUCUAUAUUCCAACGGCGAAUGCAAUGCAGGUGCCCACUGGAAUUAUUCAGCCUCCCAUUUAUGACCAGAAUUUACCCAGUAUAAUGAAUUAUGCGGUACUCGGUGCAACAAUUGGCCAUGAACUUUGUCAUUCUUUGGACAGCAAAGGACGUCGUUAUGACAAAAAUGGUAAUGUUGUGACCUGGUGGCCGCAAUCUGCAAUCGACAAAUAUCAAGAGAACGCGCAAUGUUUUGGCACUCAAUUCAGUAAUUACAUUAUUUACGAUGAUGGCGAAGAGGUCAUGCAUCUCGACGGUAAUUUCACGAUGGGAGAGAAUAUAUCGGACACUAUAGGACUGAUAGUUGCUUGGAACGCGUACAAGUUAUUCCGUGAAAAAAAUAGAAAUGCGACUACUACAGUUCCUGGAUUACAACGAUUCACCGAGGAACAGCUUUUUUUCGUAGCGUUUGGCAAUAGUUGGUGUGCCAAUGAGGGUCCUGAGUACAUUAAAAGAUUCGCUAUGAGCGAUGAACACAGCCCAUCUAAGCAAAGAGUCAAUGGUGCUGUGUCCAAUAAUGAAGUUUUUGCAGCAGCUUUCAAUUGCCCAGCAAAUUCCCCUAUGAACCCCAUGAACAAGUGCAGCAUCUGGAAGUAAACACCCAAGUUUAAAUAAUUAUCGACAGUCACAUAUUGAGAAAUGUUUAAAAAAUGA